AUCCUGCAUCUUUGCAACUCGCCAACCUUGCAGCUCUGCAAGCCGGGGGUUCGUGCCGUUUGCAAGCUGCAACAGCAAGUCCCAGGUAAAAAUGCCAGCAUACUGAGGGAACAGUAGCAGAAGGCUGGAAGAUGACCUGUGUGGUCAGCGAGAAGCCCAAACUGCACAGAAGCUCACACGCCCCCGCCCAACCCUGCAAGUCUGCUAGUGAGGAGUUUAUACGUGACGGCAUGUUCAAAGUGGCGUUCCCAAACAAAGCGGUACAGGCGACUUCUCCAUGCCGACUUGUUGCCGUGUUGGCCUGCCGUGCCCCAGCGGAGUCCGUUGGACCUAUUUGCGUUCAGAGAUUGAGAUAGGUCGGAGGAGCGCAAGCGCAUAUCGGGGCAGCGUCUUGCAAUUGGAAUCAAGCGGCCUUUCUAAAGGAAAUGACUUGCUGCGCAAACAGUGUUGACCCAAUGCCUUAGACGCCGAACCUCUUCCCCCCCCAACACUGGUGCUUGGGAGUUUUUCGUGCCUCAUGGGCUCAUGGGCUCAUGGGCUUGUGGGCGUGAGAGCCAAGAGCCGCUCGCUUGUUCGCAGCUGUGGGCCCGCAGCCAUGGCGCUUGUCCCGGCGCCCGAAAGCUCGUUUUUGUCCUCGCUGAACGUCGAACGAAAGAGAGCGCUGGACAUACAGAAGAAGCGCGAGGACUUGCUCGAGGACACAGAGCACGGAUCUAAAAUCCUGGGACUGCACCACGACCUCCAGGCACUGGCAGACGUGCUGGAUGAGAGGGUGGAGAGCAAACUUGGUGCGAACGAGAAGGCCUUCUUUGUGGCUUAUAAGAGCUUCAUGUUCACAGUACAGAAGGAGUUCAAGGAGUUAAAGCAGAAGGCAGAUGAGGAGGAAACAAAGACGAGAAGGGAUGCCAAGAUCCAGUGCCUGGAGAAGGAGCUGGACUGGUUCAUGAACGAGGCCCUGCGGUUGGACGAGCUCGUCAAGAAAUACAAAAAGGAGUUGGACAAGUGGAAGGGCAAGGCCGAUGCGCUGGAGGAUGACAGGCAGUUCCUAGAGAAUCAAAUCAAGCAGGCGAAGAGGACAAACAAGUCCUUGCGCAGUGCGGUGGAGCAGGCACAGAGCUCUGCCUACUCCGCACUGGCUGAGAAGGCGUCGUCUGUGAGCCUGUUCUUCAACAACGGACCUCGCCGCUGCGGCUCGAUGGCCGUGAAUGCAACCCAGCAGUCCUCCCAAGCGCAGGACCGCCCAACCGAGGAUGAGCCCACGCAGUGCACCGCUUAUAGCGGCCUGUCGCAGGAACUGGAAGAGAAGUACCAGGCCACCGUGAAGCGGCUGAAACAGCAGCUGGUGCAAGAGCAGAAGCAAGCGGCCAAGUUGCGGGCUGUCGCAGAUCGGCAGUUUUCGGAACCUUCAGAGCUGGAGGCCUUUUUCGUUGACUGUGUGGAGAAGGCGAAAGCUGACAUCACGGAACGGCGGAAAGCCGCCUUGGAGCAGAGCCGGGCUUUGCGCAGCGAGGCAAAGUCCCGCGGCUACCCUGAGACAAAGUUGGCUCAAACGCCGACGCUCGAUGACUUCACAGUCACUGAUCGGCGCAAGGUGGUCGAGCUGCUCCUGAGCAGUGAGCAUGUGCUCCAGUUUCUGUACGACAAGCUCUUCCCAGAAGCCUCGGCUUGCUAAGUGUCUGAGCUCCUUCGGAGCGAGAUAUGCGCAUCUGCGACUGCCGAAUUCACAUCCCGAUGCAGACAUGUAAACUCGGAUCCGAUUCGCUU